GUUUGGAGAAUUUUUUAUUUUUAAUUUUUUUUUGGAUGAUCUGCCAUUGAUCCCGCCUCGCGGCGAUGACGUCAUCACUAGCGCGCGUUCACGUUCAGCGUCGAGUCUUCUGAGGAGGAGGUGUGAGCAGAUCACGGCGGUUUGUGUGUAACGGGAGGUAGCGCGAUAUGAGCGGGUAGCACAAAUCGCCAGAACACCGGUUUAAACGCUUAGCAUACAUUCAUGUCCAGUGAAGCUCCUCCCAAAACAAUCUCACAUUCAACAGUUCACCAAUAAUAAAUGCUGGAAUAUUCCCAUCAGUUCACAAGUGAAGACAAGCAUCAAAGCAUCAGAAAGAGCUGAAAUCUGCAAAGACUGAGUUUAUUAAAGAGGACAGAGAGAAGAUGAGAGACCCAGAACCCUGCAGAAUCAAACACAAUGAAGAUACUGAAGAACUAACGGAGUUGAUGGAAGAAAACGAGGAGAUAAAAAAACAUGUUAAAACUGGAGAAAAACCUUUGAGUUGCUCUCAAAGCAAACAAAUAGAUUUAAAGAAAAGAAGAGCCAAGAAAUCUUUCACCUGCACUCAGUGUGGAAAGAGUUUCACAUGCAAAAGAAGUCUUGAUGUUCACAUGAGAAUUCAUACGGGAGAGAAACCGUUCACUUGCGAUCAGUGCGGGAAGAGUUUCUCACGAUCAUCACACUUCAAAGAUCACAUGAACAUCCACACGAGAGAGAAGCUGUACACAUGUGAUCAAUGCGGUAAAACAUUUUUGUGGGCUUUCGUCCUGAAGCAGCACCUGAAAUGUCAUACAAAGGAGAAGCCACAUUCGUGUCAUUUCUGUGGAAAGAGUUUUUCACGUUUACAACAUUUAAAAGAACAUCAGAAAAUACAUACUGGUGUGAGAGAGUACAUGUGCUUUGAGUGUGAAAAGACUUUUACUACAGCUAAACAUUUGAAACGGCACCAGAUGAUUCACACCGGAGAGAAACCUUACAAGUGUUCACACUGUGACAAGAGAUUCAGUCGGUCAGGAGACCUGAAAGGACAUGAGAGGAUCCACACUGGAGAGAAACCAUUCAAAUGUGAUCAGUGUGGGAAGAGUUUUGCAUUAAAAGGACACCUCACGGCGCACAUGAGAGUUCACACUGGAGAGAAACCAUUCACUUGUGAUCAGUGCGGGAAGAGUUUCUCACAAUCAGGACAUCUUGAACAACACCUGAACAUCCACACUAGAGAGAAGCUGUACUCAUGUGAUCAAUGUAACAAAACAUUUUUCUGGGCUUCAGUCCUGAAGAAACACCUGACAGUUCAUACAAAGGAGAAGCCAUAUUCAUGUCAUUUAUGUGGAAAUUUUUUCAUAUUUACAAAGUUUGAAAAUGCAUCAGAAAAUACAUUCUGCUGUGAAAGAGUACAUGUGCUUUGAGUGUGAGAAGACUUUUACUUCAGCGAGCAGUUUAAAACAGCACCAGAGGAUUCACACUGUGAGAAGAGAUUCAGUCAAUAAACACAUCGGAAAAGACAUGAGAGGAUCCACACAGAGAGAAUCCAUACCACUGCAUGUGGGAAGCAUUUCAAUCGUUCAUCUUCUCUACAUAGUCAUCCCAAAAACAAUCACAGUAAGUAGAUCAUCUUCAGAUCCAGCACUUUCAGAUCUGAUGCUGCGUCCUCAACAAAAGCAAUAAAAUAUCAUCUGGAUAAAUCUGUCCUAACCAGACAUUACAAGCAACAGGACAAAGAAACAUAAUUUAAAAUUUUCUCUUGAAUAAAGUUCAUCUUCAUCUUCAACACCAGCAGAUUGAACUGUGAGAUUCAGAUCAACUCAGAGGAGUUCCGCCCCAAAUGAACAAUGCCCAAAAUGUCAGAAAGUUUUAUUAUUGUUCUUUCUUAUGAGUUUAAUAUAAUGUUCAAUUGUCUUAUAAUGCAUAUGUCACCUGGAGUUUGCUUAUUCUGACAUGAAGUAGAAGAUUUUUACAAACUGUUCUUGUGUUGUUAUCCGUUACUGAGAGCAUGUUCUGUUUUAAAUUUCUCAAUAAAGCUUUUAAUUGCCUGAUAAACUAUA